UGUCUGAGACCUUGCUGCGGGCCGAUUGCAUCGCGCAGCGAAGGCAGGAACAAAAAUGCUAUGCAUUUAUCCUCAGAGGGUUUCCAGUUUCUGCCCUCCAACGUUCCAAAAACCUUCUUUUCAAUCGAGGUUUUCAGUUGCUCCACCACAGACGCGCAAUGAAGGAAGUUCCGAUUACAACGACGUCGCCUAUGAUGACAAUUUUGGUUCGGAAGAUGACAUUCUUCACGCAAUUUCUGAUGCAAAAUCGAAAUUUAUUACCAGUGCUAAAAACCCAUUUGUAAAGCACUGCCUCAAGCUCCGCAACGACUCUUCUUAUCGCCGUUAUCAUGGUUCAGUUCUUGUUGUGGGUUCUACACCUAUAAGAGAAAUAUACAGGUUUCAAGAGUCAUCGCAAGAUAAAAAUAUUAAGAUGGAUAGUUUGAUUCUGCCUGAUAAAGCUGAGAUUCCUGAAGGGCUUGAUAAAUGCCCAGCUUUGAUUGUCCGUGUGAGUUCUACAGUGAUGAAAAAGAUUGCACGGCUGCAGUCAACUGAUAGUCUUGAUGCAAUUGCCCUGAUGAAUAUCCCUACCAGUUUCGUCAGUUUAGAUGACAAUCAAGAGACAGCAGAUUGUCAGAGGUGGUUUCCAUUUCCUCAUAGGAUUUUAGUCCUUGAAAGGAUUCAGGAUCCUGGUAACCUAGGUACAUUACUCAGAUCAGCUGUGGCCUUUGGUUGGGAUGGAGUUUUUCUUCUUCCCGGCUGUUGUGAUCCAUUCAAUGAUAAAGCUCUUCGAGCUAGCCGAGGUGCGUCCUUUCAGUUACCCAUAGUUUCUGGCAGUUGGGUUCAUCUGGAGUCUCUUACAGAACAAUUGCAAAUGAAAUUGCUGGGUGGCCAUCCAGAUCAUGAAGGGGCAGCAAAGCCAGUUAGUCGAAUUUCUCCGAGCUUCUGUGAUUCUAUAUCUGAUAAGCCUCUAUGCUUGGUAUUGGGCAGUGAAGGAAGUGGUCUCUCAGAGAAAUCCAUGCAAGUAUGUGAGCUCGUGAGCAUUCCAAUGGCUGGAGAAUUUGAGUCCCUCAAUGUUUCAGUUGCUGGUGGGAUUUUCCUGUAUAUGCUACAGCCAAAGUGUAGAUGAUCAUUCAUGUUCUCUGUAUUAAUUUCUCACUUUUUGGUUCAUGAUUUAACUUGGUCUCAGGAUAGUAUGUAAAGUAAAUGUCCAUUUUCUUUCUUGCUCUCAUCCAAGGGGAAAUUUUGUACAGCAAAGUUAAA